AUGGCUGAAAAUAUUCCUGAGGGUGAUUACGAGAAGGGAAAGAAGAUUUUCAAGGCGAGGUGUUUUCAAUGCCAUGUCAUCGAUUCGGAUGCUGCCAAGACUGGGCCAACAUUGAAGGGUGUUAUUGGUCGCAAGAGUGGAUCGGUUCCUGGUUUUGAUUACUCCGCUGCUAAUAAGAACAAAGGAGUGGUUUGGACUCGUGAGACGUUGUUCGAGUACUUGCUGAAUCCUAAAAAGUAUAUUCCUGGCACUAAGAUGAUAUUUGCUGGGCUGAAGAAGGCUGAUGAGCGUGCGGAUCUGAUAAAAUAUAUUGAGGAAGAAGGCAAGAAAUAAGAAGGAAGAGAAUAAAUAUAUUGUUGAAGAAUAUUUUUUUUUAUAAUUAGGAUAGAGAAAUUAAGUAAAAGAGGCUUGUGUUACGUGAAUGUUUUUUUUAUUUUUACCUCUAUAAAAUUUUAGAUUUUUUGGUAUUUAUUGGUUAUCUCAAUGUAGUUUUUGCGACUUUUUAUGCGGACUCAUUUGAGUUCUAUCUACCUCGGUUUCGCUCAAUUCCCUGUGGAAUCGUUCA